AAAAAGGGACAAGCUGAGAGAGAAUUUAGGGUAGAAGUAGAAGCUAUUGGUCGUGUGCGGCACAAGAAUCUUGUUAGAUUGCUUGGAUACUGUGUUGAGGGCGCAUACAGGAUGCUUGUGUAUGAAUAUGUUGACAAUGGGAAUCUGGACCAGUGGCUGCAUGGGGAUGUUGAUUCUGUAAGCCCUCUGACUUGGGAUAUCCGGAUGAACAUCAUCUUGGGAACGGCGAAAGGAUUGGCUUAUCUUCAUGAGGGGCUUGAACCAAAAGUUGUCCACCGAGACGUGAAAUCAAGCAAUAUACUCCUUGAUCGCCAAUGGAACCCAAAGGUUUCUGACUUUGGGCUCGCUAAGCUUCUCUGUUCUGAUCAUAGCUAUGUCACAACCCGAGUGAUGGGGACAUUUGGUUAUGUUGCACCGGAGUAUGCAUGCACUGGAAUGCUGACUGAGAAGAGUGAUGUUUAUAGCUUUGGGAUACUUAUUAUGGAAAUAAUUACCCGAAGAAGUCCCGUUGAUUAUAGUAAACCCCAAGGAGAGGUUAAUUUAAUUGAGUGGUUGAAAACUAUGGUUGGCAAUAGAAAAUCAGAGGAACUCAUCGAUCCGAACCUUCCUGAAAAGCCGUCUUCAAAGGCUCUUAAGCUUGCUCUGUUGGUUGCUCUUAAAUGUGUUGAUCCUGAUGCCACAAAGAGACCUAAAAUCGGACACAUAAUCCACAUGCUUGAGGCCGACGACAUCCUAUUCCGUGAUGAGCGGAGGACCGGAGGAGAAUCGUCGCGAUCCCAUCGCAAUUAUCAUCAUCAUGAGCAAAAGGACUCUAGCAGAGAUAGAAAGCGAAUAGGUGGAGAGAUCACUGAUCAAAGUGAAGUUGAUAAUAGUAGUAAAAUCUUGCCCAUCCCACUAGAUUGAGAUGAUAGUUGUUAAAUGGUAAAUGUAGCUAUGUAUUUAUUAUUUUUGGUUUUAGUAGUUUGCCUAUAUUAAUUUCUACUUCAAUCUGGACAACAUGCAAUGAGUGUAUUUUUUGCUGCAUAAUUUCCUCUCCCACCACAAUUUAGGAUUCAUUGUAUACUCAUAUUCAUUAUUACUAAAAAUCAAAUUUUUGAUGUCCUUCUGCUUUAUAAGACAAAAGUAGCUCAAGUGUUGAAUAAAAAGUAUUAAUAUUUUUAAGUUGUUCAAACUGUAGUAUCAAACUACCUUUGUCUCAUUCUGGUCCAUCAUAACUUAUGGCCCCAUCAUAAAUUAAGUGCUUGUCAUUUUGUGA